AUGCCUGCACCUCAGAUAACGCCCAGUUCCAAAGAUGGUUCGAGGGGGCGCCGUGCGGCCAAGAUCCGACAGUGCUCGACGUGUGGUCGCACUUUCGCUAAGACGGAUCACCUCGAGAGGCAUGUCAGAUCUCAUACCAAGGAGAAGCCAUUUAUCUGUACGAAGUGCGGCAGGAAAUAUGGUCGACACGAUACCCUGCUUCGGCAUCAGAAGGAUCACUCGGACGACCCUUCCGUCGUUGUCGAAGAAGAACAAAGCGGCACCAGCGAUGCGAUUACCAUCGACACCUCGCAAGUCUUUCCAAGCAACACGGCCGCCCUCGAUGAAACGGCAUGCUCGGCUGAAAGAAGCCAAAUAACCACCAACGAUGCCUCUGUCGAUAUGUACCAGACAAACUUCACCUCCAGUCAUUUGAGUAGUGGGUUGGACAUGACACUGGAUCCUUUUACUUUUGAUCUCGAGACUCAGUUCCCCUCCUGGCUCGUUGACAGCGACCUCCAUAACGGCAUUUUGGAUACCCCUCUGGUGGCGACUAUGGCAGAGCUGCGACCUGGCUGGCCAGAAAGCCCAGAUAUUACUUUCGGUGGGACUACCAACUACAAGCCUGUGUCAAACAUGAAGCGGAUCUGGUUCACAGCAAACGACGACGGCGACGAGGUCGUGCCUCAAUCAGGACCUACAACACCUCCUGGGUCUCGCGACGAGGUGGACGACUCGUACCGGCAAACGCUUACUCAAAGCCUCCAAAUCCGACCCAUGAAGGAACAGACCGCUCUUCCGUCGGCAGAUUUCCUCAAUCUUUGCGUCAGAUCAUAUUUUGCACGAUUUCAUCCUGUAUUCCCAGUCGUACACGCCCCGACAUUCCGCCCUUCAAAGGCGAAUUCGAUGGUACUACUGUCCAUCUGUUCUGUAGGCAGUCUCUUCACCGGAUCAGUGCAUGCAAUUCGCCAAGGUGUACAGAUAUAUGAUAGGCUACACAAAGCCGUGCUCGCCAAUUGGGAUCGGCUCCUUGCGCGAGGAAUUGAUCAGAAGAUUUCGCUCAUCCAGACUGCUAUCAUCGGGCAAACCUUCGGCCUGCUCUCUGGGGAGCCGAGACACCUGGCAAUCGUCGAUGCAUUCAAUGGAACGUUGAUCUCAUGGGCGCGACGUUCUGCGACAUUCAAGACCAAAAAGAUGGUCGGCCUUGACCUCAACGUGUCCUCAACGGAGCUGGACAAGAAGUGGCGAGAAUGGGCGAGAAACGAAGAGCUCAUCCGAAUCGCGCUGAGCGUGCAUAUCCACGAUGCGGAACUCGCUGCCAUGUUCCAUCAUGAGCCCUUCCUUCGGCACAAUUCUCGUCAGCUACCCGUAGCCGCAUCAAACCAGACAUUCAUGGCUGUUCGGGCGGAUGAGUGGCGCAAGGCAUAUCUGAGCGACCCAAGCAACCUCGAAACUAGCAAUGCCACGCCGGCCUCGAUUGAUGAGCAUCUAGACUUCGACCUCCUCGCUAUGCCAAACAACAGCCACUUUACGGCUUACACCGUUCUUGAAGGCAUUUGCGCUAAUAUAGUGGAAACCGGGUUGAAUGGGACCACGCAAUCGAAUCCAGAUGAGAUUCUGACCACGUUGACGUCGUUUCAUCGACACUUCCUACAAGAAUCAGCCGCCUGGGAAGCGGAUCAUAUGGACAUGAGCAUAUUGUGGCACCUUGCAUUUAUGAUCAUGUUUGCUGAUUUCGACCUCUUGGAACGGGCCAUUGGGAGAGACGGCUCUGAGCUUUCACCAGAAGACCUGCACGCAGUCACACUGUGGGCGAACUCAGAUCAAGCCCGGCGAUGCGUCAUCCACGGCUUGAUCAUCCAGAAAAAGCUGGAGAAUUUGCCCCUCGGAUUUGAGCCUGCAAUCCAUGUACCCCGAGCAAUGUUCCGCGCGGGUAUUGCAUGGUUUUGCUAUACUCGAUUUGGUUCUGAGCAGGAUAGUGGACAACGAACAACAGCUACUACCGAUAGCACAGAGUACCCUGAGUUCAAGUUAAUUGGCGUCAAUCCGGCUUUACUGCUCUUCCAAGCCAGCGGUUACAAGCAUGGGAAGCCCACGACGACCGAGACCAACGCAUCGCUCAGCGGGCUGACUGACCUCUUGAGGCGAAUAGGGCACUGGGAGAUCGCGAGAAGAUUUGCCGCCAUACUAGGAGCCCUGUUGCACAACGAAGCGGAAUGA